AUGCAGGAACUACUCUCUCCUGCAAAAGAGAUCGAUGAUGAGAUAUCUGUUUCUCGGAUGCUAAGGAGAAUGAAGAGGCGUCUUCUGCUCGGCUCUUCCUAUCCUGGGUUGGAGACCCCUCCGGCCACCACAGCAAGAGCGGUGAGAACCAGUGUCAACGAGCGUCACAGGUCAACUAUGAAAGAACUGUCAUCGUUGGAGCCUCCAGUUUCUCCUCGAAGUGAAGACAGUGAGGGCAUCAGUAAGGAUCUGUCUACCCGAAGUGAUCCUGGCCCAGAUGCUGUGUUGAUCCGAGACGGCGUUCGGAAGCUUCGGAAAAUGAAAAGACGUCUAUUCUUGGAACAGCUGGCCUGUGAUACAGCAGCUUCUCAAAACGUAGCUACUCGAUGUCUCUCUGGACCAGCUGCCAUAUCUCCGAUGAAAAACGACAUGUUUGCUGAUGGAAUCCAUCGUCAACUCCAAGUGGUUACUGACAUCAUGGCCAAUGCUAUGGAAACAAACUCCGAAUUGUCUAGCCCAAACCUAUCCUCCACAAGUCUUCGUCGUAUCAAACGUCGAUUGUUCCUAAACCACCUCGAUUGCUCAGAUCUUGAGAAUAGCAGCAGGAUGCUCAUCGAUGAUGACAGUGAAAUACAUCAGAAGGCAGGCUCCUCAUCUCUGGAUGAGGCAAAAGCGUUCAUCAACGGUGGAGACAUGCUCAGCUCUUGGUCGGAUAAAGUCGAACAUGACCGCACUUUAAGAGGCCUCCCGCCAAAAAAAGCUGUGCCUUUCAUACCCUCAAUCAGCCUCGAGAUUGAACAACCACAAAAGGAUGAAGGCGGAUGGAGGUCCACAAGCUACGGUAUUGGAUAA